AUGCGGGAGUUGACGCUGAACAUUGGGAAGUUGACUCUUGAAGCCAACCAGAAGAGAAAAAACUUGGACAGUGAAGUCACUGAGACUGUUACAGAACAGAUUGCUCUUGACAAGACAGCCGAGAGCUUUCGUCAGGCUCACAUUGAGAGACAAGAGAUGAUCAGCCAGUGGGAGAACACCAUUGAACAAAUGAGAAAAAGAGACCAGGAGAUACAGCAGUGUGCCAUGUUGCAGGCAGAGGUGAACCAAGUGAUUAGAGAGAAGAAAGAUAUGCUCAAGGAGAGGAAGGACUUCAUUGAGCGCGAGAUAGAGAACAAUAAGGAGCUGGAGAGGAAUAUAAGCACGGCUGAACGUCAGGCGCUACGACUCAGGCAGCAGCUCCAGGAAGAGGAGAGGAACCAAAGCUGUCUGCAGGAUGAGGUGGAAGUGCUGAAGGGAACUUUAGACCGAACAGCCACAGAUGUGGAGACCACCAGAUCUCAGUUAACCAGCAUGAAAAAGGACAUUCAGAACAAAAUAGCAAAAGUUGAAGAGGCAAAGCUGCAUAACUCUGCUCUGCAGGAGAAGCUGCGGUUGGUGAUGGAGGCGGUGCUGGAUGGUGAAGAACAAGCAGCACAGAUGGAGCAACUGCGUAAAGAACAGGAACAGAACAUCAAAGAGAUCGAUGCUCAGCUGCUCCGGCAGAGAGAGCUCAUGUUCAGAAAGAGUCAGGAGCUGCAGGGAAUGCGUGAUAAAGAGAAGAACAUCACGGCUGAGGUCUGCGCCACCCGGGCCGCUAUCUCCAACCUGGACAGUAGUCUCAGCAAACUGGACCAGAACCUGCUCAAACAGCAGAUGAUCGUCUCCAACCAGGACUUUCAGAUCCAGAUGCUGGAGAGAAAGACUUUACACUUGCAGGGGAAGGUGAACACAGAGGAGAAGGAAGCUCUGGAGAAGAGGGCCUCUGAUCUGGAAGAAGCUCUAGAGGAGAAGAAUAGGACAGCCGCCACCCUCACCACACAGCUGAAGAAACUCCAGGAUGAUAUCCGUUGCGUUAGGAAAGACACAGAAAAGAUCGGAACAGAAAAAAGAGAACUGACCACCAAGAUCCAUGAGCUGGAACUCUUCAUUGACAACUCUGAGAAAGAUCAGAAGAAACUCAGGCUCAAAAAACAGGACAGCAUGGUGGAGAAAGGUCUCCUGAAGCUGGAGGUGCAGCGGCUGAGAGAUCUGCUGUAUGACCGAUCAGAUGGAGUGCUGAGCCUGGAGAAGAGCCGUCUGCAGCUGCAAACGGCCAUGAAAGAGAGAGAGGAGGAGAUCCAUGUGCACAGAGAGAUGCUCGCUAAACAGAUCAAGCUCACUGAACAGGAAAGACAAGGGCUCAGUGCUGCGGUGAAUGAGACACUGUUCAAAAUUGACAAGAUGAGGAAGAGGUAUGAGAUCCUAACUGUUUCUUUGGCUGCACCAGAGGGAGACGAGGAGAAAUCCCAGGCCUACUUCAUUAUAAGGGCAGCUCAAGAGAAAGAAGAACUCCAGCGGCAAGGGGAUGAUUUGUACGGCAAAAUCCGCAAGACAGAGAAAGAGAUCCAUGCAUUGGAGAACACCCUGCAGGUCGUCAACAACUGCAAUACAACCUAUCGCAAAGCCCUGACCAAAGUCACAGAGUCCAGUCCUGCGCACCAGGAGAAACUGAAGCUGGAGGAGCAGAGACGAGCAGCCGAGGAGAAAUACAAAUACAAGAAACGGCAAAUCCGAGAACUGCAGGAGGACAUCGAAAGCAUGUCCCGCACAUUGGAGGGUCUUCUUCAAGAGGAAGCAGUCCAGAAUGAGAGCGUUGAGAGGACUCAAGCCCAUGUGCUCUCUCUCAACAAAGACAUCCUCUCUCAGGAGGAGAAACUCAAUAGAGCCAGCAAACAGUGUGCCAAAUAUACUAGGGAAAUUCGGUCUGCUAAAAACACCAAUGAGAAGACCUUUGAGGAACGUGAGAUAGAGCUACGAGAACUUAGAGACUUAAAUAAAAGCGUAAAUAAGAUGCUCCUGGAAAGCAUGGAGGAGAAUCCUGACCUGUCAUCUGCAUUGCAGAUACGUUUUAUGCAGGCUGGUCUGUCGCUGCCCUCUCCCGCUUCCACUCCAUCCAGCCGUCUGAGCUCAAAGAUCAACUCAGCCCGCAGUUCUGCUUCACUCCAUCGACCCUUAAAUCCAUCAGCCAGCAGCAGUCCCAGAAGCCAAUCUGUCAUGUCCCCCGCAGUGAAGACAGUGGACCUGGGGUUGGGCCUCUCCGUCACGUCCCCGCAAGGAUCUCGGCCACCCAGCACUGGCAGCAGCAGCAGGAGCAGCAAGUGCAAAAGCCCUUAGACAGAACCAGAUGCCAGUCUCUUUGAAGACCAGGGAAGUCAUUAUGUCUAAUUAUACCAC